CCCCCUAUGGCGCCCCCGUACAUGAGUGCAGCAGCCACGCAGCCGUACCCCAGUGGCAGGCCUGCGGCUUCCACAGUGCCAGCGGUGGCUCACUUCGUGCCCAACCUGUACGAGUCCGUCCAGCCUCACUGGUUCUUCUGUAAAUUGGUGGAAGGCCGGGAGGUCUGGUCCGCGUUCAGCCUGUACGACUCUGCCAAUCUGGAGGAGGUGUACAACUCCGGUGCGGACCCUGAGAGCGUGGUGGUGAAUACAGCCGGCGGGCGCUACGACGUCCACCUGUAUGACCGGGAGAUGAAGGCCGUCUACUGGGAGGAGGAGGAUCUGGAGGUCCGGCGCUGUUCCUGGUUCUACAAAGGCGACUCGGACAGCCGAUUCGUCCCGUACAGCGAGGAGUUCAGUGAACGGUUGGAGGCGGAGUAUAAGAAGGCGGUGACCACCAAUCAGUGGCAUCGGAGGCUGGAGUUCCCGGGAGGAGAAACCAUUGUGAUGCACAACCCUAAGGUGAUUGUCCAGUUUCAGCAGUCAGCGAUACCCGAUGAGUGGGGGACCCCUCAGGAUGGGCAGUCCAGGCCCCGUGUGGUGAAGAGGGGCAUAGAUGACCAUGAUGAGAUUCCAGACGGUGAGGUUCCUCAAGCCGAUCAUCUGGUGUUCAUGGUGCACGGGAUUGGACCAGUGUGCGACCUUCGCUUUAGGAGUAUGGUGGAAUGUGUGAGCGAACGCCGGUAUGUGAGGGUAAAGAUGAUGCAAACCCAUUUCAGGAAGUCUGUGGAAGACGGGAAGGCGCGGCGUGUCGAGUUCCUGCCGGUCCAUUGGCACGGCGCCCUCCAUGGUGAUGCCACGGGUGUGGACAGGCGGAUCAAGAAGAUCACGUUGCCAAGCACUGCGCGUCUUCGCCAUUUCACCAACGAGACCCUCCUGGACAUUCUGUUCUACAACAGUCCCACCUACUGCCAGACCAUUGUGGACAAAGUCAGCCUGGAGAUGAACCGGCUCUAUGAGCUCUUCAUGAGCCGAAACCCGAACUUCACCGGAAGGGUCUCUGUGGCCGGUCACAGUUUAGGCUCUCUGAUUCUAUUCGACAUCCUGUCCAACCAGCAAGAUAUAACGGCCCCUCCCCCAGCACAGGCCCCGCCUUCUAAUGUGAAUUCUGCACUGAAGCAAGAAGGAGCGGGGGACAGUCGGGGCAAUGUUCCGGAUCCACGUGAGUCCAGUGAAUCGGAGGUGGUGCCGGAAGGACUGCCUGACCUGUCGGAGGCGCUGGAAUCGCUCGGCCUGUUGGAGUACACCGCCGUGUUUGACAAAGAGAAGAUCGACGUGGAAUCUCUGCUCAUGUGUACAAUUGAUGACCUGAAGGAGAUGGGGAUACCGCUGGGACCCCGAAAAAAGAUCGCCAAAUAUGUGAGAGAGAUGGCUGCCAGCCAGGACGGAUGCCAAAUACACCGACCCUUCCUUCCGCUGAGCGCCUAGAGGCCGGGGGCGGGCACGGCGAGGAGAAAACUGCCGGUCGGGGCCUCGGUGUCCUCCGUCAAUGUCCACUAUGAACACUUCGAGACGGGAACUGGGCAGGUGUCGGUGAGUUACAAUCUGCUGGAUUUCGAGCCGGUGAAUUUCUUUGCUCUUGGAUCUCCUAUCGGGAUGUUUCUGACUGUCCGCGGACUGAGCAAGAUUGAAGAGAACUACAGAUUACCCACCUGCAAGGGCUUCUUCAAUAUUUAUCACCCGCUGGACCCCGUGGCCUACCGGUUGGAACCGAUGAUUGUGGCCGAUCUGGAGCUGAAGCCGGUUCUCAUCCCUCAUCACAAGGGGCGGAAGAGGCUUCAUCUCGAGCUGAAGGAAAGUCUGACCCGCAUGGGAUCCGAUCUGAAACACGGAUUCAUCAGCUCCCUGCGCACGGCCUGGCAGACGCUGAAUGAAUUCGCCCGAUUUCACACGUCGUCCGCUCAGCUGCAGGAGGAGCUGGAGAAAGUGGCCGAUCAGAUAAAGGAAGAGGAGGAGAAGCAGGUGGAAGCGGAGAAAUUGGAAAAUACAGAUGUGUGCAGGGAAGAGGACCUGUCCAUCAAGAUUGGCAUGUUGAAUGGGGGCAGCAGAAUUGACUAUGUCCUACAAGAGAAGCCAAUUGAAAGCUUCAAUGAGUAUUUGUUUGCCCUGCAGAGUCACCUAUGUUACUGGUGAGUAUCGCAUUUCGUGAGGGACAUGUUCUCCAGGACG